CACGAAGCAAGCGAGGUAGAUCGUAAAGGACGAAACGCUGAUUGAGGACCCAAAUUUAACAAGAUCAUAUACUAGUACUACUACGCCCGAAAGGACCAGGUAUGAAGAGAUUCAAUGACAGUUGAUGCCGCUCUCGCCCCCCGGUAGGAAAAGGGUCCUUGUACUAUGAGCAAACAUCAAAAAUGACAACGCAGUACAAAUGCAAGGCAGCAAUUUCAAAUAACACAGAGCUGAGAUAAUCUCGUUUGACAACCUCUUUGAAAUGGCACGACGCGGCGCAUUUAUUGUUGUAGAGGGUCUUGACCGUUCAGGAAAGACAACGCAAGCAGAAAUCAUGCGUCGGCGUAUUCAGGCAGGCGGCAGAGAGGUUGUUUGUAUCAAGUUUCCAGACCGUUCUACUCCCAUUGGGAAGAUGAUUGACUCGUAUCUGCACUCGCAAUCCGACUUGGAUGACCAUGUCGUACACUUGCUAUUUUCCGCAAAUCGCUGGGAAUUUGCCUCGACAAUUCUGUCUUACCUGAAGCAAGGCAAACUUGUCCUCUGUGACCGAUACGCAUUCUCUGGAAUUGCAUUUUCCGUCGCCAAGAGCUCCGAAACGCCAAUUUCUACUGCAAGUCAUUCAGAAUCAUCACUCGAAAAGCUUUCGCCUAUAACUUUGCCCUGGGCGCGCGCUCCGGACUCUGCUCUUCCCUCGCCAGACUUGACAAUGUUCCUCGAUAUUUCCCCUGAGGUUGCUCUCACCCGAGGCGGUUAUGGCGAGGAGCGUUAUGAAAAGGCUGACAUGCAAAGGCGAGUGAGAAACGUGUUCGAAGAAAUUGGUCGGCAAGUGGGUGCCACCGUUGAGGAAGCUGGCAACGGGAGGUGGGUUGUAGUCGAUGCUGGAAGGGAUAUGUCCGCGGUCACGGAGGAAAUGUGGGGACAUGUCCAGCCUUUACUUGAUGGUGUGGAUAGUCCGGUUGGCCGGUUAUGGGAAUGACUUUUGUGAAUAAGUAUGGUAGAAUUUGAUCAAUCUUAUGCACCUGGGUUCACAUACAACACUACUAUUGCGGCAGCAACGCAGCAAGCGUUGAAAUGAUCAUUGCUCUGAUCAGUUAGCUGGACCGGAGUUUUCAAGUUUAUGCUGCAGUAGGUUUCAUAUCACAGACGAGAUUCCCCAGGCUCUGGCGCGGUCAAU